ACGCGUCGUACUCAUUGUUGCUCGGAAUGCAUAAAUAGGCUGGGAGAUUCUUUCCUUGACGAUCCCUUUUUAGUGCCCGCUUUCUAGCCUCUGGGUUUCUUUUUUCGGAGAGGAAGCUAUUCGCGAUGAGGUCGUCACUGUUUCUGGUCGCGUCGCAGGCCCUCCUGAGCUGUGCUUUUGGCACUGCCGGGAGGCCCGAUUCCAUAAUUUGGGACUACGCCGAAAAAAGAGCACUCGCGCAAGACAUUGUUACGUGGGAUGAACACUCACUCUUUGUUCACGGCGAAAGGGUCAUGAUCUUUAGCGGCGAGAUCCAUCCUUUCCGACUCCCGGUGCCGUCUCUUUGGAUCGACGUAUUGCAGAAGGUUAGAGCUCUCGGGUUCAACGCUGUUUCGAUCUAUAUCGAUUGGGCGCUCUUGGAGGGCAAGCCUGGCGACUUCUCUGCGGAAGGAGUUUUUGAUCUCAAACCAUUCUUUGAGGCUGCCACAAAGGCGGGGAUUUACAUCAUUGCCCGGCCUGGCCCCUACAUUAAUGCCGAGGUGAGCGGAGGCGGGUUUCCUGGUUGGCUACAACGCGUGCGAGGCGGUCUCAGGACUGGUGCACCCGACUACCUCAAUGCGACAAACAAUUAUAUGUCGAAUAUUGGCAAGAUAAUCGCAGACGCUCAAAUCACGAAUGGUGGCCCCGUUAUCCUUCUUCAGCCCGAGAAUGAAUACACAGGAGCCAACAGCUUCCUGCCAUUUCCGGACGGAGCAUAUAUGGAAUAUGUUAUACAGCAGGCUCGAGAUGCUGGGAUUGUCGUACCCUUCAUCAGUAACGAUGCUAGUGCUUCGGGUCACAAUGCUCCGGGAACCGGUGUUGGUGAAGUCGACAUUUAUGGUCACGAUGGCUACCCAUUAGGCUUCGACUGUGCGCACCCCACUGUGUGGCCAGCUAAGAAUUUCCCGACAACAUAUAGAGCCAAUCAUCUCAAGCAGAGCCCAACAACUCCCUUCUCUAUUGUUGAGUUUCAAGGAGGGUCGUUUGACCCUUGGGGUGGCUGGGGCUUCGAGCAGUGUAGCGCACUUGUCAACCACGAAUUCGAGCGAGUCUUCUACAAGAACAACUAUGCUGCAGGUGUAACAAUUUUCAAUCUUUACAUGAUCUACGGUGGGACCAAUUGGGGUAACUUGGGACAUCCGGGUGGAUACACUUCGUACGACUAUGGAAGUGUCAUCAAAGAAGACCGAACUGUCACGCGUGAGAAGUACUCGGAGUUGAAGCUACAAGCGACAUUCAUACAAUCUAGCCCUGGAUACCUAACCGCUGCUCCGGGAAACAGUUCGACUACGCUCUAUAGCGAUAACUCCGAUAUCACAGUAACGCCGAUCCUAGCGAACAGCACAGACGACGCUUCCUUCUUCGUCGUUCGACAUACCAAUUACUCCAGCUUCGAAUCAACUCAAUAUAAGCUGAAGCUUCCCACGUCACAGGGUACUCUCACGGUUCCUCGCACAAACGGCUCGCUCAGUCUCAAUGGUCGUGACUCAAAGGUGGUUGUUGCGGACUACGAUGUCCAAGGUACUCGACUUCUCUACUCCACUGCGGAUGUCUUUACGCACGUGAAGCAGGAUAACCGCACUUUACUAUUCAUAUAUGCCGGGGCUGGCGAAUCCAACGAAUUUGCGAUUCAAGGGCCACCAAGUGGGAAGGUCAACCAGAUUCAAGGAGGUGCAUCUUACAAGGUGGCAAGCAGCAACUCUUCGAACUUCUUCACAGUUAGUUGGACGGCGUCAACUGAAAGGUCCAUCCUUCAGAUUGGCGAUGACGUUUAUGUCUACUUGCUUGACCGUAACUCCGCCUAUAACUACUGGCUUACCGAUAUCCAAAAUUCGACCUCGAAACUGAUCAUUAACGGACCUUACCUUGUUCGUACUGCCUCUGUCAGCAAUGACGAGCUUCACAUCAAGGCAGACUUCAAUGCCACCACAACCGUUGAUAUAAUAGGGGUCCCUCAAGGAGUUUCAAAACUCUUCAUCAACGACGUAGAGACUGCGACAGAGACGUCAGGCCUCUCAGUACUCGCCGGUGUUACGGUAAAGGCUCCAUCAUUCAGCGUCCCCGACCUUACUGGGCUGGAUUGGAAAUACCUCGACUCUCUCCCCGAACUUCAAACCGACUAUGACGACUCUCUAUGGACAAACGCCGACCACACAUAUACAGAUAACACGAAACAGCCCAUCCUCGCAACCGUCUCUACGUAUGGAUCCGAUUAUGGUUAUCACACCGGUGUGCUUGUCUACCGCGGCCAUUUCAACGCCACCGGUAACGAAGUGAACUUCUCGUUAUGGACACAAGGUGGAACUGGCUUUGCCUCUUCUAUCUGGCUCGACGACCACCUAGUGUCGUCUUUCCUUGGAAACCCUGCUAACGACAGCUACCAAGGGAAAUACGAUAUAACAGGUGGCGCAGGUCUCGAGGCCGGCUCGUCGCACGUCUUCACCGUCGUGGUCGAGAAUGUGGGUCUGACCGAAAACUACGACCCUGGUGAGGAUGACAUGAAGGCGCCCCGCGGUAUCUUGGGUUGGCGACUCGAGACUAGCAAGGCUACCAACACGCCUAUUACUUGGAAACUUGCUGGGAACUUCGGUGGUGAAGACUACCUUGACAGAGUCCGUGGACCAUUGAAUGAGGGUGGUCUGUACAUUGAGCGACAGGGGUACCAUCUUCCUAGCGCCCCGACAGCUGAGUGGACGUCGCACUCUCCGCUUGAAGGUAUUGGAAUACCGGGUAUCGCUUAUUACUCGACGACGUUCGAUUUGAACUUACCGUCGGAUCAGUGGGAUAUCCCGCUGGCGUUCUCAUUUGAGAAUAAUACCGAGACCUCUGGUGCAUACCGCGCACAGUUGUACGUCAACGGAUGGCAAUUUGGCAAACUAAGCAGCAAUAUCGGACCACAAACAGUAUUCCCGGUACCGGAAGGUAUUCUUAACUAUAAUGGGACGAAUUCCGUAGGUAUUACGCUAUGGGCACUUGAGGAAGGCGGUGCGAAGGUACCCGGCCUCUCACUUGUAGCUAGUACGCCGGUUUGGACCGGUCGGGAGAAAGUUGAGCUUGUCGAGAGUCCGACAUGGAACCUACGCGAAAAUUCUUUCUAAGGUAUGCUAUAAGAAUUAGUUUCUUCGCAGAUGUAUUAUUAUAAAUACGAUCGAAAUGAAGAUGUGGUCAAAUACUCUGGUCUUACCAUCGUGCCUUUCCAAUUCUAAUACUUCACUCUGCGUAAGCGUAGGGUUAAUCACUUUUCUCUUUUCACAGUCAUCACGU